CAUCCAAAAAAGUGUCAAUAUGUGUCAGCCAUGUAGUGCAACAGAAUUGAUAUCUGCCGAUGGUACUACUUGUGUGCCUCGAAGGUGCCAAAAGUCAGGUGGACGAGUCGUUUGCAGGAGGUGCUCCGCUGAUUACAUAUCCGUCACACAAAACUUCGACGGAUCGCCAAUGAAAGAAGUAACAUGUUUUAAGUGCCAUCGCGGGUACAAAGCUCACGAUAACAAAUGUCUUAAGUGCGACGUCUGUUCAUGUGGGAGAAAUGAGAUGGCCGUUAGUGGAAAAUGUCUGCCCAAGAAAUAUGUUAUGGAGAGGCCGAAAUAUAGUGAUAAUAAAUUACAUCCAAAUGCUCUCCUGGAUAUUAUUAAACUGGAGUAUUUAUGUAUGCAAGCAGAUAUCAGAGCGUGUCACGCUCUAGCAAGGGAGUGUGUCAAAUAUUUAUACCCCACAGACUUGGCAGGACCAUGUAGACUUUGGCUUCAGAAAAAUAGCGCUUAUAAAGGUCUCCCAAAUCUGGUAUACGAGUCUCAUAAAAAGGAGAUUUCUCUACGCCGCGGAAUGAACACAUUAUUGUUAGGAAUGGCGAUAUACUCUCCCAAUGGGGCUCUACAAUUACUUCAAGAUGAAACACAAGGAAUAUUCUCUUGCUUACCACCGAUAUUAAUUAAAGUUGGAGAGCGAUAUUCUGUUGAUUGUACGAAAAAUAUUACGGAUCUUAAUUCGGAUUUUGGAAAAUUAUAUGAGCUUUUUAUACCUGGUGAAAAGUAUAAGGCGUUCCCAAUAUCCAUUCUAAAACCCGAUGGUAACUUUGUUCAGAAGGAUUCAUGGCCUCGAUCAAAAUUUAGAAAGAUAUUUUUGAUCGAUAAGAUUCUUUCUACGACCACAAAUAUGACAACAAUAGUCUACUUGAGAAAACUUCUGAUUACGUUUCGAAUUGAAAGAGAAUUAAAAGGAUCGUUAAAGCUUUACGUCAACACUGAAGCACAUUUUGCUAUAAAAUCACCUUUGGUCCAACAAAUAACAACGACUCUACUUGUUGAUCACGAAAUGCCGUAUGCUAGCGUUUAUCGCGGAUUAGAAAUUUGGGGAGCUAUCGUUAGCUCAUUGUUCUGCAUAUAUGCCCUUGUUCAAUGGCGUGGCGUUAUGCGUAGAGGUGGAUUAUUUAUUUCAAUCAUUCCUUUAAUGGCAUCUGCUAUAGCUGACGGCAUAUAUUUUGCAACUUCAUUCUCAACUCUACACGCAUUGGCUGCUGAAGCGGGAAACAUUGGAAUAACAUUACCUCUCUCACAAACAGAAGAAAACAUAAUUAAAAUCGUAUUGUAUUCAGUAAUCAUUUUAAAGAGUUUAAAAGUAGUGUGGAUAAACUGGAAUCAAUGUAGAGUUGAUGUAUUUUUUAUAGACUGGUCACAACGUCAUUUCUCGAUCUCAGAUUCGCCAAACACUGGAAGUAGUGACCACUGGAGAUCGAUUUUGCUUGCUAAAGAGUGGAUGGAGUGGCAGACCAAACGGAGAUCAUCACCAAUUGCUACAGUUAUUUGUACUCUUGGAAUAUUGCAAGUUACAGAGCUGUGGAACUCCUAUAUGCCUAAAAGCAAUGGAUAUAAAUGGAUUAUUGCGACUAUAGUUUGGUGGCUUUCAUAUACCAUAAUUUUCUUCAUAAAUUGGAUAAAACAUAGAUAUCUCGAAAAGCCAAUGAGUUUAUUAAGUGUAUGUUCAGGGGCAGAACUAUCACUUAUAGUAUUUCAAGAGGAGUUUUAUGCGCAUUAUGUUCAUGGGAGAAAUGAAGACUGUGACUCUAGUAUGAAUUUUCCGGGCCCCCUCGCAACAUGUCGGGUCGUGUUUGCAACACAAAUAAGAACUGUUUACAAAAAGCUUGCACACAAUGGUGAAGAUUUAUUUCGGCAAGACAACGAGUCGAACCGUCUACUCUUAUCAAAGUUUCUUUCGUCUUUCUUUGAAAGGGCUCUUGAUGGUUUAAGUUGGGUGGCGAUUGAACGUACAAUACUAGAAAGGCUUCUUGAUGUAGAGAUAACAAACAGAGAAGGAAGCAAUGUGAGCAUUUUACUGUAUGACAUCAAUGACAACACGCCAUCUUGUUUGGCUUUAACAUGGUGGGGUGAAGAAUGGACGCUGGCGACAUUCGACUGUAUGCUAUUUGGUUCGAUUUUCGUUGGUACUGAUAAUUUGUUACUUGCAGCUGUAACAACUAUUGUAAUAUACCAAAUGCUGAAAGACUUGCGACUGUGGUUUGGGUUUAGAAAUCUCAAGCAAAAAACUGGCAUUAAAGUCUAA